CUCUGUCAUCCACAGAAAAAUGGAUCAUUUAAACGUUUGGAGGACUCAGUUAUCACAGUACUUCCAGACUACCAUCUAAGAUUUAUGACAGUAAAUUUAUGACAAUAAAUUUCCACAGUGUAGAACUUCUGAAGAACUAAGAGGAUAUUCUUUCACAACAGAUACUCCUAUAGUAUCAUGAUAUUACUAAAUAAAAGUAAAAACUGAAAAGCACAAUUAUUAAAUUAUUAGACUUGCUAAUACAAGCACACAUGUGCAGCAUCUACUGUAUCCUGACAGUUACCAAACCUCAAAUUUAGAUGGUUUCCCUUCAUGGGAAAAGUCAUUAUAUUUAUAAGAAACCCCUGAACAUUGUCAUUAAAUAUAUUUUCAGCUGUCAUUUAGGAAAAUUUUCUUGAAAAAAGUUCUAGAAAGUUCCAAGUCCCACCACUAAGUGGAUUUGAUAUUAUGGCAGCAGCUUACAGACUUGUGGUUAGUACUGUGAACCACUACAGCAGUGUGGUGAUUGACCGGCGUUUGGAGCAAACUAUACAUUAUUGCACUGGAACCUGCCACACCUUCAGCCAUGGAGUUGACUGCAUUGUGGUGCAUCAUAGUGUUUGUGCAGAUGUCUUACACAUCCCUGUGUCUCAGUUCAAAGACGCAGAUCUGAACUGUGUAUUUCUACCCCAUGAAAAUGGGCUUUCCUCUGCUGAAGGUGACUACCCCCAUCAGGCCCUCACAGGCAUACCCAGGGUCAAGAGAGGAUCUACAUUUCAGAAUACCUGCAACUUAAAGGACAUUGCAGGAGAAGCAAUCAGUUUUGCCAGUGGAAAAAUAAAGGAAUUUUCUUUUGAAAAACUCAAAAACUCUAAUCAUGUAGCUUACAAAAAGGGAAGAAAAGUUAAGUCUGACUCAUUGAAUAGAAGGUCGGUUGAUUUUGACUUGCUCUGUGGUCACUAUAACAAUGAUGGGAGCUCCCCAUCCUUUGGUUUACUCCGCAGUUCCUCAGUCGAGGAAAAAUCUUUGUCCUAUAGAAACUCAAUUGAUACUAACCUGACUUCCAUGCUUCUUCAAAACUUCUCUGAAGAAGACCUGGUUAAUCAGAUUUUGGAAAAACAUAAAAUAGAUAAUUUUUCUUCUGGGACAGACAUAAAGAUGUGCUUGGACAUCUUGCUGAAAUGCUCAGAGGAUUUGAAAAAAUGCACAGACAUUAUAAAACAGUGCAUAAAGAAAAAGUCAAGGGGUAGCAUCAACGAAGAAAGUAGUAAUGAUGCCAUUUCUAGCUCUGAAACUGUCUAUAUGAAUGUAAUGACCAGGUUAGCAUCCUACCUGAAGAAGUUACCAUUUGAAUUCAUGCAGUCUGGGAAUAAUGAGGCUAUAGACUUAACAGAACUAGUCAGUAAUAUGCCUAGCUUACAACUAACUCCCUUCUCCCCAAUAUUUGGCACUGAACAGCCUCCUAAAUAUGAAGAUGUUGUCCAGCUCUCAGCCCCUGACUCUGGACAGUUUCAGACUAUAGAACUGCAAGAUGACAAGCAUAAUUUCAGGAAAAUGGACACUGUAAAGUCUAUUCCAAACACUUCCACAAAUUCUUUAUAUAACUUAGAGGUAAAUGAUCCCAGAACUCUAAAAAUUGUCCAGUUACAAUCACAGCCAUUAACAAUGAGCCCAUUAGAAAAUGUUUCUUCUGGAGAUUUAAUGGAAACUCUUUAUAUUGAAGAAGAGUCAGAUGGAAAGAAAGCACUAGAUAAAGGACCAAGGACAGAGAAUGGACCCAGUCAGGAGUUGUUAAAGAUAAAUGAACAUAGAAUAGAACUUUCAGACCAUGGUUCUCAUCUUAAAAAAUGUCCUGCCUCAGUGCAAAAUGAAAUUGGUAAGCUAUUUGAGACACCAGUUGUGCAUCUACCUAAGGAAGACUGUAAAUUAAAAGUUCCUAAUGUUGAAGAGCAAGACCAGAGAGAUUUUAUGAAUCCUAACAGUCAGGAAGAAAUAGAUAAAUUGUUAAUGGAUCUGGAAUCUUUUUCACAGAAAAUGGAGACCUCUCUAAGAGAGCCACAUGCCAAGGGUAAAAACUCUAAUUCUCUUAAUAGCCGUAGUAAUUUGACUAGUCGGAUUCCUUUAGAUCUUGACCCUCAAUCUAAAGUCUCUUCACCCUCAGAAAAAGUCUCACCUUCCUGUCUAACAAGGAUUAUUGAAACCAAUGGACACAAAAUAGAAGAGGAGGAUCGAGCCCUGUUACUGCGAAUUCUGGAAAGCAUUGAAGACUUUGCUCAAGAACUAGUUGAAUGCAAAGCAGGCAGAGGAAGUCUAUCACAAGAAAAGGAAAUGAUGCAAAUUCUACAGGAAACCUUGACAACUUCUCCCCAAGCCAAUUUAUCAGUCUCUAGAGCUCCUGUUGGUCAUAAAGCCAAAGAUACUUCAGUGGUUUUGAUUCAGCAGACCCCAGAGGUGAUCAAGAUUCAAAAUAAACCAGAAAAGAAACCUGGAUCACCACUUCCACCUCCAGCCGCCUUUCCAAGUAGUCCCCGACCUCUCUCCCCUGUUCCUCAUGUGAAUAAUGUUGUGAAUGCACCAUUGUCUGUAAACAUUCCACGGUUCUACUUUCCUGAAGGACUCCCAGACACCUGCAGUAACCACGAACAGAUUCUAAGCAGAAUUGAAACUGCUUUCAUGGAUAUUGAAGAUCAGAAAGCAGACAUUUAUGAAAUGGGGAAAAUUGCAAAGGUCUGUGGCUUUCCUCUCUAUUGGAAAGCCCCCAUGUUCAGGGCUGCAGGGGGAGAGAAGACAGGAUUUGUAUCAGCACAGUCAUUCAUUGCCAUGUGGAGAAAGUUGCUGAAUAACCAUCAUGAUGAUGCCUCUAAGUUCAUUUGUCUUCUAGCAAAGCCCAACUGCAGCUCUCUAGAACAGGAAGAUUUCAUCCCUUUACUUCAGGAUGUGGUGGAUACACAUCCUGGCCUUACGUUCCUGAAAGAUGCUCCAGAAUUCCAUUCCCGCUACAUCACCACGGUUAUUCAGAGAAUAUUCUACACAGUCAACAGAUCUUGGAGUGGAAAAAUUACUUCGACAGAGAUAAGAAAAAGCAACUUUUUGCAAACUCUAGCCCUUUUGGAAGAAGAGGAAGAUAUAAACCAAAUCACAGAUUACUUCUCCUAUGAACAUUUCUAUGUUAUUUAUUGUAAAUUCUGGGAACUAGACAGUGAUCAUGACCUCUACAUCAGCCAGGCCGAUCUAUCUCGAUACAAUGACCAGGCUUCAUCAAACAGAAUUAUUGAAAGGAUAUUCUCUGGAGCAGUAACAAGGGGAAAAACAGUACAGAAAGAGGGAAGAAUGAGCUAUGCAGACUUUGUUUGGUUUUUGAUCUCUGAGGAAGACAAGAGGAACCCCACCAGCAUUGAGUAUUGGUUCCGCUGCAUGGAUGUGGAUGGAGAUGGCGUACUCUCCAUGUACGAGCUGGAGUACUUCUAUGAGGAGCAGUGUGAUCGGAUGGAAGCCAUGGGCAUUGAGCCCUUGCCAUUCCAUGAUUUGCUAUGUCAGAUGCUUGACCUGGUGAAGCCAGCCAGCGACGGCAAAAUAACUCUGCGAGAUCUGAAGAGGUGCAGAAUGGCUCACAUCUUCUAUGACACUUUCUUUAAUCUGGAGAAAUACUUAGACCAUGAACAGAGAGAUCCCUUUGCAGUCCAGAAGGAUAUUGAAAACGAUGGGCCUGAGCCAUCCGACUGGGACCGGUUUGCUGCUGAGGAGUACGAGACUCUUGUCGCAGAGGAAUCUGCCCAAGCGCAGUUCCAAGAAGGCUCCUUUGAAGAUUACGAAACAGAUGAAACUGCCUCUCCCUCUGAAUUUGGAAACAAAGGCAAUAAAAUAGUAACCUCAAGCCUUUCAGAAAAAUGCGGAAAGCUUCAGUCAGUGGAUGAAGAGUAGCUGCCAAUGUCUACAUGAAAGGAAGAUAUGUACUUUAAAUGUUUUUCUUGUGAAGUGAUGCUUUUUAAAGGCUUUGAUUUCACCAAGUGUGUAACUGCACUAGGAACUUUAAAAUGUUUUUAAGCAAUAGGUCUGGAUACACACUCAACUUAGGAGACUCCUCCAAUUUGCAUCACACUUCUUGCAGAGCUUUUCCUUGGAAGUGAAUAUAAUGAUGUACCAUCACCUUCCAAAGUCUGUGAAUCAGCACCCUACACCCCUGAAUGUACCAAGGAUCUCUUGGGGACAGUGCCAAGUGCAGUUCUCUGCACAGAAGCAGAAGUUGCCUCACUGCUGGCCGGUGUCCCUGAGGCCUCCAGGGCUCCUAUGGAGCUGAGAAGAAACUUUCACUCGCAGAAAACUUGAGUCAAAAAAUUCUGGAACUUGAAAAAGCAGUAAAGACCUCCAGAAUUAAUUUAGCCCUAGUAAUAAAAGCACUGCCAAAACAUCUCAGAGACUUCUUUUACUUAUAUGUGUAACUGCAGUUUAAAGACCUUGAACUUACCCGGUUUAGUGUAAUUUCACAAUGACCUGCAGAACUGCUAGUCACUUUACAUCCUCAGGUAUUGUAACCACUGGGCCUUCCAACUUUGCUGGCAAGCUCUGACAACCUCCCUAUCCUGACUGUGGAUCUUACAUAAAAUCUCAAGAAAAAAACUUUUUAAAUGAAGACAAGUUACAGAAUUUGACUCAUACUUGAAAAAAACCUCUUUUUAACUUAUCUAACAUUUGUAGAAGUAUUAGGUUAGUAAUCUGUAAAUUAGUUGAUGCCCUGUCUUUACUUCCUACCAAAAGGCCUACUUGAAGACUUAAAGGAAUAUGAAAAUCCUUACUAGACAUAUUCCUUUCUUCACUGAUUAUUUUUUUAACCACAGUCCUAAAAGUGUCAGAAUAGUUUGCCUUUCCACCCCACUUGGUUCCUUUGCUGGUGUAAAGGCCAACCAUUGAACUAAUCAAUGAAACCCUGGGCUACUGUAAGCAAAAAGUGUAGAAAGGAGAAUUUAGGAAAUGUACCAUCAACUAGUACAGUAAGAAAAUUAGUAAUGCUAGCAAUCCUGCCUGCCACAAGAUCCUCCAGUUUCCUAUUUUGUCUUCAGGAUUAGAACUGAUCUUUCAUUUAACUGUUACAGAAAGUGGUAACUAUUACAACUAUCUAAUAGUUCACACAGAAGAAUUAAAAACUUAAAAGUGACUAAAUUUUUAGGAAACACUAUAUGCAAUAACUUAAACACACUGAUAAAUUAUUAGGAUUAAUAUUAUUUAUGUGAUACCAUGAAACUUACCACUGAUCUCAUCCAGCCUUUAUCAGGGAACGAAAGCAACUAUUUUUUAUUUCAUGUAAACAACAAAAAAGGUAAUACUUUUCUUAGAAGCCAGAUAUGGUUUUUAUGUUUUCUUGGGUUUUGGGGGGGUUUUCUGGUGGUACGGGGAUCUGAACCUUUGACCUUGGUGUUACCAGCACUACCUUUCUGCCAAUAAAGAUAACAAACCAGCCUGAAGCCAGAUAUGGUUUAAAGGUUUUUACCGUCUGUGCAUAAUGCUCUAAACUAUUUCUAAAACACACCAAAAAGUAAAAAUAAAAUUAAAUUUUACAACAUACUUUCUUUUAAACUGUUUGGCUUCACCUUACCUUACUUCUCCUGAUUAAAGUCCUCUUUCACUUUGAUCAAUAUUUGGUUUUUAAACUUGGUAAUUAUUAUAAAUGUACAGCUAUCAAUACCAUUCAAGAUAGGCUACUUUAAUUUAGGUUAUCCAAAUUAUCACAUUUUCAUGAAUUAUAAGAACAUGUUUCACUGUACUCCUUUCUUAGAGCUGAAUGCAAGGAAUGUGAAUUCUGAGGAACUACGAUAGUAUAUAUUUGACUUUGUGGUAAAGACCAUGCUAAAAUCAUUAGUGCCAAAACGGAAAUUUCGAGUUGUUACAAUAGCCUAGCUCCCUUGAUAAAAGUUGAGGGUUAUCAUGAUCUUAAUGGUAUUCAAUGAGAAAUGACUUUCACAGCAUAACAUUAAUUGCCAAGGUAAUCAAACUAAUAAAAUAAAAUUCUGCAUAUUUUUCCCGCAUCUUAUCUAUGUGUACUGCUCAAAGUGUUUAUAAAACUCUACAUUGAUCAAAUGAGAUGUCAUUUGCUCCGCUUUUGGAAAUGUUAAUGUGUUUUUGAGUGGAGAAGGCUGCAUGAUUUAACUUUUGUUUUUCCUUUUUCGCAAAACUAAAUAAAGCUGUCAAAUACGAA